AUGAAUGCUUAUGGUGACAAGCAAUCAGACUUAGGGAUCAUUGACAAGGUAUUAAGAACCUUGACACCAAGAUUCGAUCAUAUAGUGGUGGCAGUUGAGCAAGGCCAGAAUCUUGAAGAAAUGAAGAUUGAAGAACUGCAAGGAAUACUUGAAGCUCAAGAGAUGAGGCUCAAUGAAAGAAAUUCACAAAGAUCAGUUGAGCAAGCUAUGCAAGCCCAAACAACCAAAGGGAACAACUAUGAAUGCAGAAGUAAAAGUGUUCCAAGAAAUGCAAAUGAGGCUCAAUUGGCACAGGAUGAGGAUUCUGACUCUGAUAAAGUGUUACUAAUGACAACAACAAACUCAGAAGAAGACAAUGUUAAUUUGUGGUAUCUUGACACAGGUUGUUCCAAUCACAUGACUGGACAUAGAGAGUGGUUUGUAAACAUUGAUGAUAAGGUGAAGAGCAAGAUCAAGUUUGCAGAUAACAACUCUGUAACUGCAGAAGGCAUUGGAAAGGUGAUGAUUCAGAGGAAGGAUGGACAACACUCAUUUAUCAAUGAUGUGUUGUAUGUUCCCAAUAUGAAGAAUAAUAUGCUGAGUUUGUGA